AGCUCAAAAUAUGAACAAAUACUGUCAGCGUGUAUGACAUUGUGCACACAUUUUUCAUGUCUUUAUAAAAUUAUUUAUCUGAGUAAAUAUUGUUUCUUUGAAGUCAGGUGCUGGAUUUUUCCACGGCCCGUGAAGGCGGCAGCGCGCAGACGUGGCCGUGCUGCAGCUGCUGCGUUGCGUUCAAGUGACGCAGAGUCCCGUCUGGAGUGCAGAGGACGAAGUUUCUCUCAAGUGCAGCCCGAGCGCUGCGGCCGAUACGCAGCAAUGGCGACUCCCGGUCCGAACGGCGGCGGCUCGGGGAUGUCCGGCGGCGUGGUGGGAUCCGCGUCGCACCACUUCCACCAGCAGCAGAGCAGCAGCAUGCAAGAAACCAACACCUGCUGGAGAUGUCAGAUUGAUACAGGACUUCAGAUAAACAUGACUGGACUUCCCCAAAGCAAACGCAAAGCUCUCAAGCUAAACUUUGCCAACCCUCCGGUGAAGCCAACAUCGCGGCUCCCGCUCCACCCCACACCUCCAUCUUUCCAGAACCCUCACAUAGAACGUCUUCGGACACACAGUAUCGAGUCGUCUGGAAAGCUGAAGUUCUCUCCUGAGCAGUACUGCGACUUCACGGCAGAGGAUCUGAGAGACCUCGGGGAGAUCGGCCGCGGGGCGUACGGCUCCGUCAACAAGAUGGUCCACAAGCCCACCGGUCAGAUCAUGGCUGUGAAGAGGAUUCGCUCCACCGUGGAUGAGAAGGAGCAGAAGCAGCUGCUGAUGGAUCUGGAUGUGGUGAUGAGGAGUAGCGACUGUCCUUACAUUGUCCAGUUUUACGGCGCCCUCUUCAGGGAGGGGGACUGCUGGAUCUGUAUGGAGUUGAUGUCUACCUCGUUAGACAAAUUCUACAAAUAUGUAUAUUGUGCGCUAGAUGACAUCAUUCCAGAGGAAAUAUUAGGCAAAAUAACAUUAGCAACGGUCAAAGCACUGAACCACUUGAAAGAAAACUUGAAAAUAAUCCACAGGGACAUUAAACCUUCCAACAUUCUCAUGGAUCGAAGGGGUAACAUCAAACUCUGUGACUUUGGCAUCAGCGGACAGCUGGUGGACUCCAUAGCCAAGACCAGGGAUGCAGGCUGCCGGCCGUACAUGGCGCCUGAAAGGAUAGAUCCAAGCGCUUCCAGACAGGGUUACGACGUCCGAUCUGACGUGUGGAGUUUAGGAAUCACUCUGUACGAGCUGGCCACGGGGCGGUUCCCUUACCCCAAAUGGAACAGUGUUUUUGAUCAGCUCACACAAGUGGUCAAAGGAGAACCCCCCCAGCUCAGCAACUCCGAGGAGAGGCAGUUCUCCCCCAAAUUCAUCAACUUUGUUAACCUCUGCCUUACGAAGGAUGAGUCAAAAAGGCCAAAGUACAGGGAGCUUCUGAAACACUCCUUCAUCCUGAUGUACGAGGAGCGCUUCGUGGACGUCGCCAGCUACGUCUGCCGCAUCCUGGAUCAGAUCCCCGCCUCGCCCAUCUCACCUAUCCAGAAGAACUUGAAGACGUUACGCUGACUUAGCAAAAUGCAACGCCUCCUUUUGCCUGACCAAAGGAGGAGCACAGCAAUACUUGAAGUCACAAAAACACAGUCUACCAAAUAAAAUGUUGUAAAAUGUGCUCGCCUUUUGAACAAAACAGCCUCACUGUCGUUUCAUCGUGUGCUCACCAUCCAGACAUACGUGGAAAUCCUCCCCACACGUGUGGAAGUUUGUAAAAGGGAGACUUUGGGGGCGUGGCUUUACCUCCUUAUUUGGCCCCUUCCUGCUCUAAAUAUGCAAUCUGGAAGAGCUCGAUUUAAUGGAUGAUGGGACAAUCCAUGUGCUGACCUCAGCGGGUUUCUUCCAACUGUUUUUAGUCACAAAACUAACCAUGAUGGUGAAACAAAAGCUCCUUCUGGUUUCCAGCUGCUAGACUCUCUGAUUUAGCUUCCUCUGAUAAACAGUUGUCUGCUUGA